AUGAAGGAAGAUGGGGCCUGUCUCUUCAGAGCUGUCGCUGACCAGGUGUACGGAGACCAGGACAUGCACGAAGUGGUCAGGAAACAUUGUAUGGAUUAUUUGAUGAAGAAUGCCGACUACUUUUCAAACUAUGUGACUGAAGAUUUUACCACCUACAUCAAUCGAAAACGCAAGAACAACUGCCACGGCAACCAUAUCGAGAUGCAGGCCAUGGCAGAAAUGUACAACCGUCCAGUGGAGGUUUACCAGUACGGCACAGAGCCCAUCAACACUUUUCACUCCAUUCACCAAAACCACGAUGAGCCCAUUCGCGUCAGCUAUCACCGGAAUAUUCACUACAACUCUGUGGUCAACCCCAACAAGGCCACCAUCGGAGUGGGGCUCGGGCUUCCCGCCUUCAAACCAGGUUACGCUGACCAGUCACUGAUGAAGUCCGCCAUAAAGACGUCAGAAGAGUCAUGGAUCGAACAGCAAAUGUUGGAGGAUAAAAAACGUGCUACCGACUGGGAGGCCACAAACGAGGCCAUCGAGGAGCAGGUGGCCCGAGAGUCCUACCUGCAGUGGCUCCAGGACCAGGAGAAGACCAGACAGCCUCGGAAAGCCAGCGCCACCUGCAGCUCAGCAACGGCAGCUGCUUCAAGUGGAUUGGACGACUGGAGUGCCAGGUCGCCCCGACAACGGGAAACCGACACCUCUCACUCCGAACUUACCACCGCUACGGCGACCUGCAACAAGCCUCCGUCCCCAGGGGGCGCAGCACUCAUCCUUAGCAAACCUCCAUCCCCCUGUGCUCCAGGACCCAGUAAUCCCAGUCGUCACCAUCUGGAAUACAGAGCGAUCAUGCAGGAGAUGUCUCCCACUGCUUUUGGUCUGACGGAUUGGGAGGAUGAUGAGAUCCUAGCUUCAGUCCUGGCCGUGUCUCAGCAGGAGUAUUUAGACAGCAUCAAACAGCGGCAGAGCAGCUCCAGCAGCGUGCACAGAGAGCGAGAGCCUUCCCCAGACAGCAGCUGA